CUCUCUCCAGUAAACAAGUGAACUGUGUGAGAUUCAGAACAUUCUGACUACUACGGGAGUGUAAAUUUUUUGCACAAAGAAAACAGAAGACGGUAAUCAUGACUUCCAGACACUCUGAAAGCUCAAGGACAUUCAGCUCUCGCUCAUCAAAUAACACAAGGGACAGAAGAACUCCGGACGACUUCUGGGAUUUUGAUCUCCCUAUUUCAAGAAAAGGACGGUUCUUCGAUGACUCCUUCUUCGAGAGCAGUAGAUUUGAUUUUGACAAGAAAGUAAAUGAAAUUCUCAAUCGCUGGGGAGAAGAGGAGCGACGAGACCGCUGGGACGAUGAUGAUUUUCGCCCGAGCAGCAAUUUCAAUCGUUACAGAAAUCUUCGAGCUCGGGACCUGAAGGAUGACAACCAAGCCAUGACAGUCACCUCAGACGACACGGCUCAUAAGAUUGUGUUAGACGUGCAGGACUUCGUGAACGGUGAGAUGAAGGUGAAGGUUAUAGGCGAGCGUGAGCUGGCAGUGGAGGGCCGCCUGGAUGACAAACGCUCCUUCCGCCGCUGCUUCUCCCUUCCACAAAACACAGACAUGGACGCCAUCACCUCUGUAAUGUCUGCCGAUGGUAUUCUCACCAUCACGGCUCCCCAGAAGGGCGCCAAGACUCGGGAGACUACAGCCAACAAAGGAUCAGGAGCAAGUCAUACGAACAACAAAGAACGCUGCACAAUGUCUAGCGAGUCCCGGAAGGAAACAGGCAACGGUAAAGGAGAAGGUUCCAGGCACUCGGACGCCAAUACCAGAACAGAGGACAACAGGAGUUCGCGCUCGUAUCAAAGUUCUUUCCGCGACGUGCCUUUCAUGAAGCGUGGGCGGUUCUUUGAUGACUCCUUCUUCGAGAGCAGCAGGUUUGAUUUUGACAAGAAGGUCAAUGAGAUCCUUGCUCGCUGGGGAGAAGAGGAGAGACUAGACCGCUGGGAUGAUGACGCUGACCUCCGACUGAACAACUUUAACCGCUACAGGAAUCUGCGCUCCCGGGAUCUAAGAGAUGACAACCAAGCCAUAAUGGUUACUUCAGACGACACAGCUCACAAGAUCGUGUUAGACGUGCAGGACUUCGCGAACGGUGAGAUGAAGGUGAAGGUUACAGCGGAGCGUGAGCUGGCAGUGGAGGGCCGCCUGGAUGACAAACGCUCCUUCCGCCGCUGCUUCUCCCUCCCACAAAACACGGACAUGGACGCCAUCACCUCUGUAAUGUCUGCCGAUGGUAUCCUCACCAUCACGGCUCCCCAGAAGGGUUAUCAAAUGAAACAAGAGGGUCAAACACUGCCCGUCCAGGUGACAUCAGACGACAACACCAAAGCUACGGAGAAUUCCUCGACUACCGCACAGACUACUGUAACCUCCUCCACCACUGGCGUCAAACAGAGAGAGUCACAGGAAAGUGAAGCACAAAAAGUUACAGAACAGACUCUCCAAGCAGAUGCUACCCAGGGUUCAUCAGAAGUUUCAAGAGAGACCCAGCAGUCUUCACAAGCAUUCAUUUCAUCCCAGACAGAAUCAGGUACAGCGUCCAGUGCGACCCAAUCCAGUGACGGUGCCAUUGCCGGCAAUGAGAAGGUUUUAGAGGAAGGAAGUCAAAACAAAACCAUUGCAACCCAAACCAGCUGUAAUGAACAAAGUGAGCGCGAGGAGCAGCAGCGUGACAGGCGGGGUGGCAGAAGGUCAACAUUACCCAUCACAAAGAGAGGUCAAUUCUUCAACGAUUCCUACUUUGAGGAUACGUGGAAGUACUACCAGGACGCCGUGAGGGAUGUUCUGGCAAAGUGGGACGAUAAUUCGGCGGCUGCCACGGAUGACAUGACCUGCUACAGGAGGCUUCGGUCCCGCGACAUGAGGGAUGAGAACCAAGCCAUCACAUCUGCUGAGGACUCCUCCAGCUAUAAGUUUGUGCUGGACGUCCACGACUUUGUGGAGGGAGGAGACAUCUCAGUUAAUGUUAUGGAUGAGACGGAGCUGGUGGUGGAGGGACAAGUGGAAAGGGAUACGGGAGACUCCAAGUCUUCAGAUCACUUUCUGCGACGAUUCGUCUUGCCCAAGGACGCUCAACUUGACGACAUCUCUUCUGUGAUGUCGUCUGAUGGCGUCUUGACGGUCAUUGUUCCCAAGCAGAGCUCAGUGCAGCAAGUGACUGGCAGCAGCAAAGCAACGGAGAAAGGCUUGCAACAAUCAGCUGUUCAAAUGGAAAAGCUGUCUCAAGGAAGUUCCGAGAUCUUAUCUUCUAAAGCCAGCGUGGCAGCUGCUUCUUCAGACCAGGAUGUUGUUAUUCCGGUCCAAGUAGAAAGCUCAGCUGACACCAACAAGACAGAACAAGCAAUUUCUGUAGAAAAGAGAGUAAACUUUAAUGAAGAUGACGACCACAACAAAAUGACCUUAAAUAAAGACUGUGCCUUCGGGGAUAACAACGAGGUGGACGCUGUGCAUAGACGGCUACAAGAGGAUGGCGAGGAGGAGGAUGACUCCAAGAGCGGAAUGGCGUCCUUGCGCAGACUAUUGGAGGAAGAUGAGACUUACAUCAAGCACAAGAACAAGCCUAUACCGAUAGACAACAAAGGAGUAUUCUUUAAUAACAGAGACUUCAGUGACUGGCAGCAAUGUUUUCUGUCUGCAGUGAAAGAUUUGCUUAAUAAAUUCAACGAGCCAUCUUCUCCAGAGGGAGACCUCGCCGCCUACCGCGGGCUCCGUCAGCGAGAUUUAAAGUUGGAGAAUCAGGCUGCUUACGUUGAUGAAAAUCUCCAGGCCCACACGAUUGUUCUUGACGUCUACGACUUCCUGAGCGGCAAGGUAACAGCAGAAGUGAAGGAUGGCCGCGAGCUAAUAGUGAGAGGCACCGCCCAGCGGCUGGAAGGCACGUCCCUCAUUACACUGACUUUCGUGCGGCCUUUCCGAUUGCCUGACAACGCCGACUUGAAAAACAUCACUGCAUUCCUUACUUCCGACGGAAUUCUGCUCAUCAACGUCCCGAGAUUGAAGAUGCCCUAUGAGCUCCCAGAUUUGGGUGGUGCAAGGGUUAGGGAAGGCCGCCCAAGACUAAGCACUCCCUGCGACCCUUGCCGACGUCUGUCAUCGGAGAGAAGCCUCAGGGAGUCGUCCAGUGACCUUGAUGGUGUCACAUACCGCAUCUCGCCUCAUCGUAACCUGAAAGGCGAAGAGCAUUCCUCUGGUAAACGCCAGUAAGAGGAGGAGUGGGUGCGGCUUGUCUGAGGCUAUAGAGACCUGUCUUUCUGGGAUUGGGUCAACUAUCAUGGAAUGCUACAUUUGAAUGCCACAGCCAAGCAACAACCGUGGCUGGCAGCUGCACCCUUCACGCUCGCCCUCUAACCGACGUUGAACCUACCAUUGAUUGAAACUAUAGUUUAUAUUAUUAUGUAUUACGGUUUAUAA